AGCUCAGCAGGUUAAUGCUUUGUAAGAUACGCCAAAGAUCUUUGAUGAUUCCGGGCAUUAUCUGCAGCCAACCAUAACCCGAUCGCCCCGAAGCAAAUAAAUCGGUAGAGAAGUAACCAUGGUGGACUUCCAGGUCCUGCCAAUUAAUCUGGCGUACUGUGGCAAGUGUUGCGCAAAAUGCUGCGAGAACAAUGGCAGGCUCCUCAAGUGUACAAGCUGCAAGCAGGCUUUCUAUUGUUCGAAAGACUGCCAGAAGUCGGACUGGAAAAAGCACAAGGUCGAGUGCAAGCUGCUUAAGGCAUUCAAAGCUGGGUAUGACAUCCUCCCUGGGUCUCCUGCUGAUCGACAGACGAAAGCGCACAACUUUCUCCAAUCCGUCCCACUUCUACUUAUGGGCGGAUCUGAUCCCAACCUUCCCACGAUGGAACAGUUCGAAAAGGCCGACACUGCUCGUUUCAUUGGUUUUGCGACAUGCAGAGCCUGUUCCAUUUGUCUCAAGAAUGAUUUCCAAAGCCCAGCUGCUAUCAUUGAUUGGAAAUGCUGUCCUCAAUGUAACUAUGGCUGGUGCUGUGGCGAACAACACUGGCAGGAAUACAGUGGUCGCCACACAACGGAGAUUUGCCAAAAAUACCAACAAGCAACGGCCAUUGCCUUAUUCAAAUUCAAGCAUAUUGUAAACUUCAACGAGAAUUUUCUCGCCAUGCCACAAAGACCACAACGAGAUUCUCCCACUGCCUUUCCCACCAACUGGGAAGCAUACUUUCAACUUAGGUUUGCCGAGGACUACAGACCAAACGAUUAUGUGCCUGGAUUCUACGCUGCAUCAACAUCGCUCCUGUCCCAGCCAGUUACAUGCCUCUAUGCCAUGUUCAAGUACGGAAAAGAGCACUUUAUCACGAAGAAAGAACUCACCAUUCACAUUGUUGGAGCUGACACUUAUGAGGUUCCAGCGACUCAUGUUUGGGAAGAGAUUCUACAUUUUCUGCCACAGGUGCAAACACUGACGAUUCAAUUUGUGGGUCCGGCAGCUUGCAAGUCAAUCAAGCCUCCAACUCAGGAAUAUCCGACAAAAACCCAUGAGCCUUGCCCUGAUUGUCAGGCACGGCGUAGAGAGCGACAAGUAGGCAUGUUUGGAUACACGUACCAUGAGUACGAACAACUCUAUCUCCAAACACAUCGUCACAACAAACCUGAUCUGAUUGUGGCAUUUAACUCUGGCAUUCAUGAAGUUGAUACGGAGAGUUGGAAGACUAGUUUGCAAGUCAUUCUAGGUCUCAAUGUCCCCACCUACUUCACCUCAUACAAUGAAUCGGAAGCCGUGAAGGAUUUGGCCUUGCUAAGGGAGCAAAAUGCCAACUUACUGCAGGAGAAUGUCAAGCAGAAUCCAUUCGGCGAAAAUUUUUGGACAAUCGAAGCUCCAUCCUUGGAAAUGGGUGUGGACAAGUUUUUUGCCUGUAACAUGUACGGGACUUUGUUCUGCGGAAGAAGCAGUUAAGAGCGAGAAUCGAAUCCAAGACUUGGAUUGCGACGUAGAGGUAUGAUUGGUCCUUAUCAGAACCCUCUGUCCCACCGAACCUUGCCCUGAGUUUCAUCUCAUGUUUACCCCCUCCGAAGCUAAGCCCCCCGCCGGCUUUCUGGCAGUAGCAGCCAACUAAUAAGUAAUCCUGGGACGAAGUACUACAUAGAAGAGAGUAUCAAAGCUGUU